CUUUUUUUAUGUUAAUUUUAACUCAAACAUACUUAAAUUUUGAAUGAAUUAUGUGAACAUUUUUUUUAUUGAUUUACUUAAUAUGUAACAAUUAAUAACUAAUACAUAUUACUCAAAUAAAUCUAAAGGGAAAGUUAAGUGUCAGUACGGUCUUUUUCAAUGCAUUCAAUGUAGUACAUAUUGUACAAAAAAGACAUCAUAAAGCUUUAAUUAUUAGCAUUACACUACAUUUAUCAAUUUUGCAGAAUCAAUUGUAAAAUAUACUUACUAGGCAAUCAGAAAAUAAUCAUUAUUGCGAGCUCUGAAAUUCAACUUCAACAGAUAAGUCAUGUCAAGUUAAAGGAAUUUAAAUUUUAACAACAAAUGCUGAGGCGCAAUUCGUUUUGGGAAAUCACCAAUUUCAAAUUAAGUUGUUUAAUUUAGUAAUUUCAAUAUUUUGCUUAAUUAUCUUAUUAAUUAUGGGAAAAAAAAAACGGAUUUCGUAAUUUUCCUAGAUGUGAUCAAAUAAUUAGUAUUAUGAAAAACCGAACAUACAUAUGUAUAUGGGACGUAACUUAAAUGCUAAGCAUAACAAACCAUUUAAACAUGUUGGUCCUUUAAAUUACACAGAAGAUGAUAUAUUGAUCUACACAUUAUAUAUUUGUGGGCCUAUCAAAAAGACCGAUAAAAAUAAUUUGGAAAGAUAUUUUUCUAAGUUUGGCCAACUAGAAAACGUCAAAAUUAUUACGAAAAAGAGUUCAUCUAGUAAGAGUGGGAGUUUUAAUUUUGCUUUUGUUAAUUUUAAGGAAGCUGAAUCAGCUUCAAAAGCAUUGAGGUGUAAGCAUCACUACUUGGGCAGUGGAAUUCUAACUGUUAAAAGUGCGGAUAGUUAUAACCAACCGUUUCAAAAAAAACUACAAGAACCUGAUAUAGAAAGUUCUGACAACGAAGAAUCAAAUAUAAAUUAUUCUAUCUUAAAUCUAAAUGAUGAUUGCAUGCUCAUUAUGUUUAAAUAUUUAUCUUUCUCGGAUCACAUUAAAAUGUCUGUUCACGGUUGGACUAUAUAUUCCAAUUAA